AUGGCACAGGAAGGCUUCCUGGAAAAACUGAGGGCAGAGGCCACCUGCCCUGUGUGCCUUGAUUUCCUGAAAUACCCUGUGACUCUUGAAUGUGGGCACCACUGCUGUGCUGCCUGCCUCCAGCAGCGCUGGCAGGACCUGCUGGAAAUCCUCCCUUGUCCUGUCUGCCAGCACCACUGUGCCUACAAGAAGCCUCAGAAGAACAGCCAGUUGGGUAACUUGGUUGACUUGAUGAAGCAGCUGCCCAGCAGAGGGAGCAAGAAGCAGCAGCAGUUGCAGCCCCUGUGUGAGCAGCACCAGCAGGAACUCAGCCUGUUCUGUGAGAAGGACCUGGAGCUGGUGUGUACCCAGUGCAGGGGCUCCUGUGAGCAGCAGGGUCACCCCCUCACUCCCAUCAAGGAGGCUGCUGCUCAGCAAAGAAGGAAGCUCAAAUCCUACCUGCAGAUUCUGAGGAAGCAGCUGGAAGAUGCUCAAAAGGGGCUGGAAAUGCAAACCAAAGAAAUGAGUAAUUUCUACGAGAUGAUGGAAAAGCAAGAGUUUGAAAUACCCUGGGAAUUUGAACAUCUUAAGCACUCUUUGAGAGUGAAUCAAAAUGUCAUUGAUAAUAUAUUACAAAAGGAUGAAAGAGAUCUUGCCAAGAAAAUUACUGAAUGCAGAGGCCAGAUGUUAGCCUAUGGCUCCACAUUGAAGAGUCUGCUGAGAGAAUUCACUGAAAUGUUUUUGCAGACAGACCUGGAUCUACUGCUGGGUAUUAGAAAAUACUACUUUCAGUGUAGCAGGUAUCCAAACCUAGAGGUCCCAGCUACCUUUUCAUACAAAUUCAGUGAGGUUUCUCUCAGUCUCCCCUCUAACUAUUUAGGCCUACGUAACAUCAUCAGUAAGUUUCAGGUCGAUUUGACAUUUGAUUCUGACACUGCCCACCCUUCUCUCAUUGUCUCUGAAGCAGGGAAGGUAGCCACAUUUUCUCAUGAAAGAAAGAAUCCAGAUCGGUUUCCCAAAACCAAGACAUUCACUUCUCACACAGCAGUCCUAAGUUGUGAGGGCUUUGAUGCAGGUAGGCAUUUUUGGCAAAUUGAAUUUCAAGGUGCAGGUGUGUGGGCCUUUGGUGUGUGCAAAGAAUCUUUCCCCAGAGAUGCCCAGAUCCCACUGUCCCCAAGCCAUGGCUGUUGGCAGUAUCAGCAGCCUGAAAGCGAACAACUUGACUCACAGGAGGUAAAGACUCGUGUUGGUGUUUUUCUGGAUGAUGAGUUGGGAGAACUUUCAUUUUAUAAUAUGGAUCUGCUGUGCCACUUACAUACAAUCGCUGAUAACUUUACAGAAAGACUGAUGCCCUGUUUCUCUGCUAAGCCUUCUUCUUUGUCAUUUGUCAUGAGAAUCAUCAAAGCUGAACGCUCAUGUUCUCCACUGUAA